ACGUACUCUGCAGCUCAACCUAAAAGCUAGCAAUCCAAGGAUUUCUUACCCUCCACUACCAUGACUGGAAUCUCUUUAGCCCAUUCCUUGCCCUCCAUGCAAUCCCGUGUAGCUUCUCCAAGCAAGCUAAGAACUCAUUCCAUUCCCACGAACCACCGUAUAUAAGCAUCCUCCACACCUCCUCCAUCCUCACAGAGCCAGCAGAGCUGAUCGCCAUGGUCGCAGGUAGCAGCGAGGAGCCGCGGCAGCGCCGCGUGCAACAGGAGAUCAGAGACAUGAUCUCGACGCUCACCGAUCGGCUGACUGCCCUGGGAAGGUCCGUGCCCCGCUCCGACGCCAAGGGUCAGGAGGCCGGCGACGCCUACCCCGGACUCGGGGUCAUCACGAUGGCCGGCGACAACAAGGGGGCGUCGAUGAAGGCGGACAUGGAAGAACUGGGGGACGCCCAUGGGGGGUUGUACAGCGACGACGGCGGCAUGUGCACCUACACAAACAGCAACUACCAGGCCGUGAACAACUCGAUUCUUCUCGGCGGGAGCUGCGCGGCGAAGGAUCCCGGCGUCCAUGUGGUCAUAUCAGAGUACGUAGAGGAAGAUGACGAUGACGAUGACGAUGAUGAGGAAGAGAGGCAUAGAAAGAAGGAGAAAAAGAAGAAGAAAAAGGAGGAGAAGGAAAAGAAGAAAAAGGAGAAGAAAAAGAAGAAGGAUAAGCACGAGGACAGAGUUGUGGAGGAGGAGAGGCAGGAGAAAGAAAAGAAGAAAAACGAUGAGGAGGAGAAACAGGAGAAGAAAGGCGAAGGCAGCUCCAGAGAACAGUUGGUAGUGGAGAAGGUGGCACAGUAAGGAAAAGAAAGAAACAAAUAGCCUAAGGUUGGAAGAUAUCAGGAAGAUGAAGAGCACCAAAUAUGAGUAAUAAUCUAACCAGCAGUAAAUAAGGUGAGAGACAAGAGUAAAUAAAGAGAUAUAAAAUAGAUCCAUAGAUAAGACUGAGAACAACUUCCUAUAUUUUGAAUCCAAUAAAUAAAUAUCAAAAGACUCUCCAUUUAUCUCA